AUGAAACGGAACGUAUACCUUGUUUUUGUGAUGAUCCUAGCUGUACGUGGGGUCAUCAUCUCAAACUUCAUGUCCAGAAAUCCAAAUUACGACAACAGGGCAACUCUAUCAACCAAUAUUAUAACAACACUUAUUUUCGAAAGUCCUAUGCGCUGUGCAUCUCAUUGUACAAGAAAUGACAAGUGUAAAUCCAUCAUGAUCAACAUGGAUACUCAUUCUUGCCGACUUCUCUCCGUUCACAUGUCAGACACGGGACCACAAACUUACAGUGGAUGGCUGUAUUAUGAGAAAAAAAUUGAAGGAACGAUGCCAACAACCGCCACAGUGGUUAGCACUGAAACUACACAGACAACAUUUGAUUGUUCAAUUUGGCACCAACGUUUAGAUCAUUGGUAUAUGUUGGAUACUAAUUACAGAUCAUUCAAUGAUUCCAGGUUGUUCUGUGCUAGCCUGUCUCCACCAUCUUUCGUUAUUGAAGUGGACUCCCAAGCGGAGAACGACUGGCUCACCGAGUUAAUAUUGUCCCACUGUGGAAUGGCUACAGGAUUCUGGCUGAACGGAUACGAUACGGAUAAUUCCGGUACGUUUACGUGGAUUAAAAGUCAAACUCCGACAAGCUACACUAAUUGGAACACUGGUGAACCAAAUGAUUUUUCAGGUCACAAUGAAACAUGUAUUGAAUCAAAUACCGGUAACUGGGGACGGUGGAAUGAUAUUCCAUGCUCUUUGAUGAGACCCGUUGUUUGUGAAAGGUAUUCGUAG